AUGGCUUCAAAUCGAAUGAUAUCCAAGUUAAUCACCAGAUCACUUUCAAGUCAAUCAUCAAAAACAAUCACUCCCAUCAAACUCAAAACCUACAAAGGAACUUCUCCAUUAUACUUACAUCCCUCAACCACAUCCACAACCACAUCCAUUAGUUUCUUAUCCAAACCACCCAUCUCUUUAAACUCUCCUACAAUCUUAGGAUCCUUUUCGGAUUCAUCUUACUCUAAAUUCGAUUCGAAUCCUGCUUUCUUACAACUUAUUCAUCAUACUUUUCAAACGAUUUAUACGUCUGAUCCUUAUUUAAUUGAUCUUUCGAAAUCUCGUCAAGAUCUGGGUCCGGAUGGUUAUAUACAUCUCUUUGAUCAAAGACAAUCUAAUUCAGAUAUAUCACAUAGAGGUGGACCAAGUGCAGAAUCGAUUAUUUUUUCAUUUCUGGUGAAUUCGAAAACAGGUUUACCUUUACCUGAAACAUAUGAAUCGAAUCCGGUCUAUAGGAUUUGGACACCCAAUGAAGGGUUUUUGAUCUUACCUAAUUCUUUACAAAGCUCUUUAUUACAUUCAUCUGAAUUAGUUUAUCAAAUCGAAUCAGAAGAAUCAUUGAAUGAUUGA